UCAGUUGUAACCGAUUUCAUUCAUUGUUGCUUUGCCUUUACUUCGGUUAAAAUGUUGACGUCUGCUCUCAAAAGAAAGUAGAUAAUCAAGAAAUUGUAGUUUGUUUUGUCAAUUUUAUAUUCCUAUUACAACUUUUUAUAUGAAUUACUAGAAAGGGACCGUGAUUACUCAAAUCCUGCAAUUAAGCCUGUGAAGAGGACAUUUCUUUCUUUUGGAUGUUCCUUGGAUGUUUUCAGAGCUGAUUGGGGAGAAUAGAAAAUGUUGAAAUCGGUAAAAGUCAUCCUGUGCUCUUCUGCAGUAAAAUAUCAAUUUGCUGUUUCAUGUUAUUCAUCCAAAGCCUGUCCUUCUAUAGCUGUGGUUCUCUCUGGAUGUGGGGUCAACGAUGGGACUGAGAUUCAUGAGGCCAGUGCUGUUCUAUCCCACAUCACCAGGAAUAGAGCUGUGCCUCACAUGUUUGCUCCAGACAUUCCUCAGGCAGAUAUCAUCAAUCAUCUUGAAUGCAAACCCGACACAACUCACUGCCGCAACGUAUUAGUGGAAUCUGCCAGGAUCGCUCGAGGUCAGAUUCUCCCUCUGUCCGAGUUGGUCAGGAACCCGGAGCAAUAUGAUGCGGUAGUCUUCCCUGGAGGUUUUGGGGCUGCCAAGAACUUAUGCGACUUUGCAGUGAAGGGAGCGGAAUGUUCUGUGUUACCAGACGUGAAGGAAGUGAUCCAACAGUUCCAUGGCUGCAAGAAGCCCAUCGGACUCACGUGUAUAGCUCCAAUAUUGGCUGCCCGAAUCUUGUGUGGUGUGAACAUCACACUGGGACAAAACUCCUGUGAUGAAGAGAAGUGGCCGUACAGAGAUGCUAUCAAAGCAGCUGAGCAGAUGGGAGCUAUCGUGGAGAAUAAAGAUGUGAACGAAACAACAUUUGAUCGGAAAAACUCAGUGUUCUCGACCCCGGCCUACAUGUAUGGACCAGCACAGUUCCAUGAGGUGGAUGAUGGAAUUGGUGGCAUGAUCAAAUACAUGCUUCUCUGCAUCCGGGAUAAGUCAUAAGCAUUGUAUACUCAGUUAUAGGAAUACAAAAUCUCAAGAGGAAGUGGAAUGUGAUCGAUUACAAAGUUGUGAACUUGGUAUCGUUAUUUAUGAUAAGGCUGUUGUAAAUUUGAGAAAAGAUUGUACUGUAUUUGUUGUUAAAUAAAAUCUUAUAUUUAUUUUCCAGAA